AUGUUUUAUAAUUACAAAGAUUAUUUUUCUGUCCACUUACAAAGAGUCUGUGAUGCCAAUUAUAAAUUUAUAUCGGUUGAUAUAGGAGCAUACGGACGACAGAGCGAUAGUGGAAUAUUUACCGAAUCAAAUAUUUUUAAAAAUUUGGAAGCUAAAUCCUUCAAUGUACCUAAUUACAGACCAUUACCGAACACAACUACUCCAAUGCCAUUUGUUCUAUUGGGUGAUCAAGGAUAUCCACUGAAAGAGUAUCUAUUAAGACCCUAUCCAUUUGAUAAAAAUUUGAAUUCGGCAAAAGAAACAUUUAAUUACCGUUUGAGCAAAGCUCGGCGUAUGAUUGAAUGCACUUUUGGAAUUUUGGUAUCGAAAUGGAGAUGUUUAAAAACCGAACUUCAAAUGAACCCGGAACAACAUGUUGAUAUAGUUAUUAAGACUAUAUGUUUUGCAUAA